GUUCCAUCAUGCGACGGAGUUAGUCCACGGAUGAAAUUAACCCCUGUUAUACAGCAUCCCUGGCGAAAGUCAUACAGAAUAGACCGCCUGUUUCCAGGUUGAAGUCUCAACUUCACGGUCAACUUGUAUAUAUAUGUAGCGUCAGACCUGCUUGAUUUCAGCAAUAACAAGGAAUACAAGACAGCAGAAAGGACACCGACCACUAAACCAGCUACCAAAAUGCGCAUCGCACUUACGGGGACCGCCAUUCUGGCCUAUAUCUCGCUUGCCGCCUCGCAUGUCAUCAAGCGGGACAUUUCAAUUGUCCUACGUGGUCUGUCCACCUUGAAUGCCAACAUAGGCACAUUCGGUGCAUCCGUUUAUCGUUACGACGGAACACUUCCCGCUGCGAUUGAAAUCUUCCACCAGGAGAGUAGCCUGGAGAAGGACCUCGAGGGAGUGGCGGCCGAUACCAACAGCACGGCGGAGUGGACCGCCCAGGAGAGCAAUAGCGUGACUGAAUCCUUGGUGGGAUUGGAGCCGAUUAUGCGAACCUCAAUUGCUGCACUUGUGAUGAAGAGAGAUCUCUUCAUCAGCGCCGGCGUGGGCUCUGCAGUACGGCUUAAUUUGGUCAACAUGAGGAGCCGGACAGUUGCUCUUUCUGUGGCUCUGCAGAACAAGGCUGUUGGUGCUGAUAAGGAGACCAUCCGACAAGGGACCGGAGAUGUGGACGAUGCUUAUGACAGUGCCAUUGAUUCGUAUGAGUCCCGGCUUGGUCGGGAGUUCACAUCCAGUAUGUCUUGCCUUAUGAGGGUCCCGGAUGUGACCUAUCUGUUCCACGCAUUCGAGUUUGGCCUGGUCACUACAAAGUCCCAGCAGUUGAUUUACAAAGGAUCCCGGGCCGGCGCUUAG